CGCACGGGCUGGCGGAGCGCGCCGAGCGGGGUGCACCGCGCGGGUGCAGCCACGAUGGAAGGGGGUGCGUACGGAGCGGGCAAAGCCGGGGGCGCCUUCGACCCCUACACCCUGGUCCGGCAGCCGCACACCAUCCUGCGCGUCGUGUCCUGGGUGUUCUCCAUCGUGGUGUUUGGCUCCAUCGUGAAUGAGGGCUACCUCAACAGCCCCUCAGAGAGCGAGGAGUUUUGCAUCUACAACCGCAACCCCAAUGCCUGCGGCUACGGCGUGACCGUGGGCGUGCUUGCCUUCCUCACCUGCCUGCUCUACCUGGCCCUGGACGUGUACUUCCCGCAGAUCAGCAGUGUCAAGGACCGUAAGAAGGCCGUCCUGUCCGACAUCGGCGUCUCGGCCUUCUGGGCCUUCCUCUGGUUCGUGGGCUUCUGCUACCUGGCCAACCAGUGGCAGGUCUCCAAGCCCCAGGACAACCUGCUGAACGAAGGGACAGACGCGGCUCGUGCUGCCAUCGCCUUCUCGUUCCUCUCCAUCUUCACGUGGAGCCUGACCGCAGCCUUGGCCGUGCGGAGAUUCAAGGACCUUACCUUCCAGGAGGAAUACAGCACGCUGUUUCCCACCUCAGCACAGCCGUAGGCCCGCCUGGCUUCCGGAGGCAGGGAGCCCUAAUCAUGCCCAGUGGCAAGGUUGGGGGGCAGCCCACUUCCUGGACCGGCCAGGAUGCCAGGGCGUGCAGGGCGGUGGAAAGCUGGCUAGAGGGGCCAGUUAAGACUCACCAUUCGCUCAUUGCCUCCUUUGUUUAUCCUUCAUGUGUCCGUUCAUUCAGUAAACAUUUAUUGGGCAA